AAACACCGCCUAAAAAUGCUCCUCCUUUUUACCGUAAAGCUCCUCCUUUCUAUCCUUCUUCCCAUUGAACGCUUUUAUCGUCCGAUUCCGCGGCGCCCCCUCCUCUCCCGUAACGAGACUUGUGGGAGUGGGGGAAGAGGUUUGGUGAGGGAGCUCGGGAUCAUUCUUGGUCCUCGGAGAGCUGCAGGCUCGAGAAGACGAAGACGAGGAGGAGACAUGGGUAGCUUCGCGAAGCUGGCGAGGAGGGCGGUGGAGACGGACGCGCCGGUCAUGGUGAAGAUACAAGAACUGCUUCGAGGGGCCACGGACGUGAUGUCGCUUGCGCAGGGAGUUGUUUACUGGCAACCUCCUGAGUCAGCUCUGAAUAAGGUCAAAGAAUUCAUCUGGGAACCAUCAGUCAGUAGAUAUGGUUCUGAUGAUGGACUUCCUGAACUUCGAGAAGCACUUCUUGAAAAGCUACGCAGAGAGAAUAAGCUUACUAAGUCAUCAGUUAUGGUCACUGCAGGUGCAAAUCAGGCUUUUGUGAACUUGGUCCUCACCCUUUGUGAUGCUGGUGAUUCCGUCGUCAUGUUUGCACCAUAUUACUUCAAUGCCUACAUGUCAUUCCAGAUGACAGGUGUGACUGACAUAUUAGUUGGUGCGAGUGAUCCCAAGACACUUCAUCCUGAUGUUGAUUGGUUGGAGAAGGUUUUGAAAGAACAUGACCCUAUCCCUAAAGUUGUUACUGUUGUAAAUCCGGGGAACCCUUCCGGAGCUUUUAUUCCCAGGCCUAUGCUUGAGAGAAUUUCGGACCUGUGCAAAAAAGCUGGUGCAUGGCUUUUGGUUGACAAUACCUAUGAAUACUUUAUGUAUGAUGGAAUGGAGCACUACUGCUUAGAAGAUAAUCACAUAGUCAACCUCUUCUCAUUCUCGAAGGCUUAUGGAAUGAUGGGGUGGCGUGUAGGAUACAUUGCACAUCCAAAUGACGCUGAUGGUUUCCAUGAUCAGCUCCUCAAAGUGCAAGAUAACAUACCUAUCUGUGCUUCUAUCGUCGGGCAAUACCUGGCGCUCUACUCGUUAGAGGCUGGUCCAGAGUGGAUCAAAGAAAGGGUGAAAGAUUUAGUGAAAAACCGUGAGUUGCUUGUGGAGGCAUUGUCCCCGCUUGGUGAGGAUUCUGUCAAGGGCGGGGAGGGUGCAAUUUACCUCUGGGCAAAGCUACCGGACAACAAUUCAGAUGAUUUUGAAGUUGUCAGAUGGCUUGCAAACAAGCACGGAGUCGCUGUUAUCCCUGGGAGUGCCAGUGGCGGCCCUGGAUACAUCCGUGUCUCCUUCGGAGGGUUGAAGGAGGAAGACACACGGCUUGCUGCUGAGAGGCUAAAGUGCGGUUUGCAGGAACUGGUGACUGAUGGUAUGGUACAGUAACAGCCCAUUGGAUGUAAGUACAUUUGACAUUCAAGUUACAGAACUCCAAUUAUCCGAUGAUAUAAUUGUGUUGGGAUCAGUUCAAGAGAAGAAAUCAAGAGGACCAUAUUUUCAAGGAUGGAUUGAUAAUUGGGACAGAAUAAAAAGGCAUCCAGCCUGCAGAACCACCUGUGUCAUAAAUAGUAUAUCAUAAUCUAGUGCAUCAUUCCUGUUUGACUUUCAGUUUUCCAGAUUACUGAUGACAGAAAUUGUACACAAAUCAAAAUAUAUGAAUUAUGAGCUGUUCUUGA